AUGGCUAGAAAAUAUAUGGAGCGACGUUUCUCGAAGUCACAUCGAACAACAAUACCAUCUAGUUUUAAAGUACCAGAACCUUACGAGUUUUAUAACAAGGCAACACCAUUUGUACAACGAACACUUCUCUUUGUCGCUGACGAAAACUCGGGACCGAAGCCCAGCAGUAGCACAGCUAUUGAAGAAAUCGAAGAUGUCCCUACUGAGGAGACUCCAUCAUGUUCUAAAGUAUGCGAGGAGCAAGAAAAAUCGCCUAAGAAGAGUUCAUUUUUCUUCUCCCCCUCUAAAAGUUGUAAGAUACACGGUCGCAGCUUUUUCCGGCUACAAACAAGUCCCAAGAAGUCGAAAGCGGAGCCGGCUGACGUCGCUAAUGGAAUAAAGGGUGCCGGGGGCGGAGGCCUAAUCAGUUACGCACCUGGAUGGUCGUUGAAAGGAGAGCAUCUUAUGAAAUGGCAAUCUUCGAGCAAGACUACUAUUGAGAUCUACACGGACUGGGCGAACCACUAUCUGGAGCGGGCGCGGUCCAGGAGACGCGCGGGCGCAUCCGGCGGCGGACUAGCUCGGGACUGCGCGGACGGGCUGCUUCUCGCCGACGUACUGGAAGGCGUCACCGGACUUAAGGUUCCUCGAGCUCAUAGGAAACCGAGAAACCCUCAGCAAAUGUUGGAAAACGUGCAGUGCUGUUUGGAUUUUCUCCAUGCGCAAAAAGUCCAGGGAUUGGAACAAGUUACGGCAGUGGAUAUACGGGACGCGAAGCUAAAAGCUGUGUUGGCACUAUUUUUCGCUCUUAGUCGACACAAACAAGCGUCAAAACAAAGAACAGCGCCACCUAGCGGAAAUGCGACAAACGCAGCGAAAACUUCAAGUGAUGACAUAUCUGUAAACUCCGUUCAACGCAUAACAGGUGGCAGCAGCUGCGAUGAAAUAUUAACAGCCUGCGGUAAUAACGUCGAAAUGACGACGUUAACAGCCAACAGGCAAGUGUCUGUGCUGCAGACGUCUAUUCCGCUGCCCGCGUCCGCGGCGGCGGUGCGACGUGCCCCCCCAGACAAACGGCCGCUUCCAGCUACCCCCCUGCAUACAGGUGGCAAAAGUGGACUUUCGGCGAGUUCCAGUCGUUCUACGAGUCCCUUGGGGCAAGGGGUGGUUACCUUCAUUCCACGCGCACCGACUUCAUCCUCUGGGUCACGGCCAAAUUCAUCGCUACUUGCACCAGGCAGUAAAAUUCCAUCCACCCUUCAAACACAACAUUCUCAGGCAUCUAAUAAUCAAAAUGGAACUCCUACAAAACAUUCUAUGUUGGAUAAAUUAAAAUUGUUUAAUAAAGAUAAAAUAAGUAGUGAAAAACAACACAGUAAAAGUACAGCAGUCUCUAAACGUACUAGUUCUUCCAGUGGAUUUUCUUCUGCAAAAAGUGAAAGAUCGGAUUCGAGUUUGAGUCUUAAUGAAUCAAAUACGCCAAACACACAUAUCAAAUCUUCAAAUUUAGUGGGACCUAAAAGUAUAAGGCAACAAAAUGAGACAUUAAUAAAAGACAAGUCUGGUAAAAAUGUAAAAUCUAAAUUAACAAAUUCUAAAGUUUCAAAAGAAUCUUCAACGAAUUUAAAUAAAGCUAGUGCAAAAACUAGUAGUACUGAAAAAUCAAAAAAUAGUCCAAAGCUGCCUUCACGUGAUAAAGAAUCGAAACUCGCAACUCCUAAAUCAAUUAGUAAUACAAAAUUAAAUCAAAUUGAUGACCAUACAAGAUCUACUAAGUCAAAGAUGGUAAAAUUGUCAGGAAGUCAAAUGAAACUAAGUGAACAAAAAUCAGAUACAUCAGAAUGUAAAAUUCAAGAAUCUACAUCCAUACAGUCGAAAAAUUCAGCGAGUCAACCACAAACGCCCUCUGGAGGACCGAACUUUGGGAUGCCAAAUCAUACUGGAAUUCCAAAACCCACAGCCGCUGUAAAAGGAACGUUUAAAAUAUCUAAAGAUGAUAGGCAUAUUAUAAAUAAGAGUACAAAUAGUCAAUUAAGCCCUAUACAAAGCAAUUCUAGUUUAAAUUCUACAAACAACGUAAGUGCACUUCCGUUCACUAGAGAACAAUCUAAUUUAAGUAAAGAUGUAUCUCAGAAACAAACUUUAGCUGUUUCACCAAUGCCGAACCCAGGAAAUCCUACUUCUCAAAUGUCAGAAAGUUCACAUUCGAAUUCCACUCAUAGUACUACAGGUCAACAUUCAAAUUCAAGUGAUAGUAGUGUAAUAUACCGUCCUUCGAGUGAAUCAGGAUCUGAGGUGUCGCGAACUACAAAUAAUAUGCCUAGUAAAAGAAUAGAUAUGAAUACUACAUACAUAAACGAAGUCAUCAGUGAAGCUGAGAUUUCUGAAAAAGAAGCAGCACAAAAACGUUCAAACACUGUAUUGAAACCAUCAUUUGAUCCUAAUAAAACUUUGUCAGAAAUCAAUAAAAGGCUUGAAUCUGAUAGUAGGUCCAGUACUCCUUCACAUUGUCGAGAUAAUUCUCUUGGAGAAGACGAAAAUCCAUUGAUGAAUGUUUUGCCUAUGAGACCUUUAUUACGAGGUUACAAUAGCCACUUAACUCUUCCCAUGAGAACUUCUGGUUUAACUCAAAAGAAUAUACCUGGCUAUCCUCACCACGCAAAUACAGUUAAGGCUAAUUUUGGUCGAGAAAAUAUGGGUUUACGUGAACGUAUGAAUUAUGGUCCAGGUUUUUCAAAUCCUGACUAUUGCGAUCUAGAAAUAGCUUCAGGAUAUAUGUCUGAUGGUGAUUGUUUAAGAAGAAUAAAUAUAAAUGAAUUGGACUCUGGACGAAAUAAUGACAUUAUGGAUGGAUAUAUGUCAGAGGGUGGUGCUUCGCUUUAUGGUCGUCGUAUUAAUUACCAGCAACCAUCACAGUUCCAACAGCAGCUUGAUGAGAGACGUACAGGUCGCAAUAGAAGCAUGGAGGGCGGCAGUGGCGUUGUAUACAGAGUAGUGGGUCGCACGAGGAGUAAGGCUGACUGCGGCCAGCAGACAGAACGGCAACCACCAACGCCUCGCCAGGACACCACUUGGAAGAAGUACACCGACUCGCCAGGGGUGGGGACUCCGCCAUUGAAUCAACCGGCUCAGGCUCCGCCAAGUCCUUCGCAUGGGCGUAAAGGGGAGAGGCGCACUGGUCACCAUUCUCCGCAGCAUCACAAGAGGGAGAAGCUUACAGCAGCCCAGCAGUUGGGCAUCGCGCCGCAUCCACAGUAUCCAACAACGUCAGCAUCUAGUCAACACUCAAGAGGUGCCGCUGCUCAGCUUCAGUCCCCCGGUGGUAGUUCAUCUCGUCCUUCGAGUAUCUCAAGCGGAGGAAAUGGUAGCAGUUGUUCCUCGAGCAAAGCCAAAGUGCCCCAAAACUUCGGAUACGUGAAGAGGCAGAACGGAGUCCAACAACCGGCGCCGCAGGCGAAUGGUCCACCACAGCAUGGACACAGUGGACGAACGGCCCAAGUAUCUGCAGUUCCCAGAACGAAAGUAAAAGUGUCGGGAGGUACGCAAACAUGCACGCAAGACCUUCAAAUUCAUAAAAAUGGAAUCGGACCCAAAUCGUACUCGUUGGGUGGGACGGCUGCAGCACAGUUGUCUGCUUCUGUUCGAGAACGGUUACUCGGGUCACAAUCAUUACCUAAACCGGGAACUCAUGAGUUUGCUGCGUUAUUCCAUCACCAUAGGAUAACACCGAGGGGUGGGAUGAAGAUCAGUGACGGUAGUCUUUCAGAUACUCAGACGUAUUCUGAAGUAAAAUCUGAUUACGGCAUACCAUAUGCACCGUGGCUGAGACACAGCAAUACAUACUCUGCGAGCGGACGGCUCUCGGAGGGCGAGUCGAUGGAGUCGCUCACGUCGCUGCACUCUGCGCAGGCGCACAACCACACCUCCUCCCCUAACUCACACCACCGCAGCUCACUCACACACAAUAAGCUCAUCAUGCACCGAGACGUUCAGGGCUCCAGACUUAACAGGAGCAACAGCAUUAGAUCCACUAAAUCCGAGAAAUUAUACCCAUCAAUGCUACAACGAUCGUCAGAGAGCGAUUAUGAACCAUAUUAUUGUUUACCUGUUCAAUAUGGACCAGGACAAGGUCUAAACUAUGGUGUAUCGGAACCACCUUCACCUUCCCCGAGAUCAGCCCUAAGCCCCACCCACCAGCCCGGCAAUGUGAUGCACACACCAAGACAUUCCCAUCACUACCCCAAGAAAAAUGACGAUGUGCAUGGGUCAACUGCAUCGCUGGUGUCAACCGCGUCAUCACUAGCGGCAGGGGCUGGCUCUGAGGAGAGACAAGCUCAUGAGGUCCGGAAAUUAAGACGUGAGCUCGCAGAUGCUAAAGAAAAAGUACAUACGCUGACUACACAGUUGACUACUAACGCACACGUGGUGUCAGCUUUCGAACAAAGCUUAUCAAACAUGACACAAAGGCUACAACAGUUAACCGCUACAGCUGAGAGAAAGGACUCGGAAGUAACGGAGUUGCGUCAAACAAUCGAGUUGCUUCGGAAGCAGUCAAUUCAAGCUGGCCUCACGACCGCUCAUAUGCAGUCCAUGGGCAUCAGAGCUGAUGGUGUCAAUGUUACUGGACAGCCGGACCCCAAUACACAAACACAGCAGUCAUCGCCACAACGUAUCGCCCAAACCGGCAAUGGCGCAAUUACGAGACAUCUCUCGACAGACAGCGUAUCCAGCAUCAACAGCCUUAGUAGUGGAUCAUCAAUGCCCCAUGAUAAGAAGCAUAAAAAGAAAGGAUGGUUGCGUUCGUCGUUCACAAAGGCUUUCUCGCGGAACGCCAAGAUUUCUAAGACGGCGAAACAUUCGUCCCUCGGGCAACUGUCGUCGCAGGACAGCUCGUCCGGUUCGCACCACUAUGACGACCCCCACACGAUACGGGAGGGAAGUAACGAGAACAGUCUAGAACAUUCGCACGAGGCUCUUGCUGAAAAUAAGGAAAAGCCAACGUGCCCUGCGGGCAAGACUGAAGAACAGACCAAAGAAAAACCUGACGACUCGGGGUUAGUUGAUGAACUGAAGAGGCAAUUACGAGAAAAAGACCUGGUGUUGACAGACAUCCGGUUAGAGGCGCUGAGCUCGGCUCAUCAACUAGAAAGUCUCAAAGACACCGUAAUUAAGAUGAGGAAUGAGAUGUUGAAUCUAAAACAGAACAAUGAGAGGUUACAGAGGCUAGUGACAUCUAGGUCAUUGGCUGGCUCUCAAAGCUCUUUAGGUACUGGUGGGUCUGCUGUUGAAGAUCCCAGAAGAUUCAGUUUAGCAGAUCAGGCUACUAUGCAUCAGGCUGCCAUCGAUAUUCAUUCCCAACCGUUAGACUUAGACUUUAAUUGUAUAACAUCCACGCCCACCAUGGAUUUCUCUAAGAAAGCAUCACCAAACUCCACCAUGGUCGAACCUAUAUACGGAAACAAAGCAGCAUGCGACCUCAAUGAAAAGGGCGAGCUAUUAGUUCUGAAUGGUUCAAGUGAUAUGUUCACUAAUGGAUUGAAUACUACAGAAAGAUUGAGCGGAGACUACGAUAUAAAUACGGUGCUACCGCCGCCUAAGAGUCGAGAGCUGGCGAUAGGGGAAAGCUAUUCCGAUAUCGGUGUUGCAGACAGUCAAGGAGAUACAGCUGAUGGCAAGAAAAUAGCAAUAGCUGUGUAUUUAGGACAACCGGAGACAUUCCAAAGAUACUUCGAGGAAGUUCAGGACACGCUGACCGAAUCAGAAUGCAGAUUUUAUGCGAAACAAUCAGCCAGCGCCUAUAGUAAUCACUUUGAUAAGCAAUCAAGCUUCGAAUCGCCAAGAAUGUCCCAGAACCACAGCCCCGAGAUAGAGACACAAGACUUCUCGCAAAUAAAUAAGUCAAACACGAAUAGCCUUAAAAGUAAUAAGUCUGCGCACAGUAGUUCUUAUAAGAAUGUUUAUAACAGUGACUCGACAAUAAAUUGCAAUGAAUUUACUAUUGCUUACACAUAUAUAUCUGGCAAGACGACUUGGCAAAACUUAGAUUAUAUAGUUAGGAAAACAUUCAAGGAUUACCUGUCCAGAAUUGAUCCUGGGACGAAUUUAGGGUUGAACACGGACUCUAUAACGUCGUACCACUUGGGUGAAGCCACGCGGGGUCCGGAGAUCGGUUUCCCGGAACUAUUGCCAUGUGGCUACAUAAUUGGGACAGUAAACACGCUGUACAUCUGCUUGCAAGGAGUUGGAAGCUUGGCUUUUGAUAGUCUUAUACCAAAAAAUAUUGUAUAUAGGUACGUUUCACUACUAUCCGAACACCGAAGAGUAAUACUGUGCGGCCCGAGUGGUACCGGCAAAUCAUACUUGGCAGCCAAGCUCGCCGAGUUCUACGUACAGAAAACGCAACGUCGUGGCAAUCCUGCGGAGGCUGUCGCCACUUUCAACGUCGAUCGUAAAUCGUGCAAUGAACUUCGCGCGUACCUCGCGAACAUAGCGGAGCAGUGCAGCGCGGCCGCGGCGGGAGAAGAGGCUGCGUUGCCUUCAGUGGUCGUUCUUGACAACCUGCAACAUGCUUCGGCCCUCGGCGACGCUUUUGCGGGACUUCUACCGCCUGACAAUAGGAAUAUGCCUGUUAUUAUUGGUACAAUGUCACAGGCGACGUGUAACACAACAAAUCUCCAAUUACAUCAUAACUUCAGGUGGUUACUAACGGCGAAUCAUAUGGAGCCAGUUAAGGGUUUUCUAGCUAGGUAUCUCCGUCGAAAACUGUUCUCCUUGGAAUUGCGUCUGGGUCGCCGCGAAGCCGCACUAGCUGCUGUGUUGGAGUGGUUGCCCGGUGUUUGGUCCACACUUAAUGCGUUCCUAGAGGCACACUCGUCCAGUGACGUCACAGUUGGUCCCAGACUCUUCCUCGCCUGUCCUAUGGACCUAGAAGCUAGUCAAGCAUGGUUCGCUGAUGUAUGGAACUACAGCAUAGUGCCGUACGCGUCGGAAGCUGUCCGCGAGGGUGUAGCGUUGUACGGCCGCCGGCGGCAUGCGGCCGGUGAUCCACUUCAUCACGUCAAGUCCACGUAUCCAUGGAGAGAACCCAACCACUCCCAUACAUUAAGAGCUAUAACCGUGGAAGAUAUUGAUAUUGAUGACUCAAACCAAGAUUCCAACACUAACAAUAAUCAAGAUCCAUUGCUAAACAUGUUAAUGCGGCUACAAGAGGCAGCAAACUACAGCGGAAACCAAAGCCAAGACUCCGACAAUGCCAGUAUGGACUCGAAUCUCACACAUGACAGCUCUAUGGGCAAUGAGCUCUAAAUACUUCCUAAGAGUGAGACUAUUGUAAUAGCAGUGUAACUAAGAACAAAAUAUAUUCUUCAAUUAAUUUUGAUCUUUAACCAUAUUGGUAUAUUGUUUUUAUUGUUUAUUUGUACACGUGAUAUUAAAAAAUGUACUGCAAAUACAUAUGGGUACCAAUUCAUGUAUAUGUAUAUAUAUAAUGGAUCAUGCUCGUUAGGUGUCUAAAUAUGUACAUUAGCGUAGUCCAGUGACUUUCUUAUUUUUUUAUAUUUAAAGCAAAAAUUUGUACGUAGGCUAUUUUGUAAUUCUCAGUAAAAGAAAAAUAUAUAAUCUAUAUAGGGCAUGUGAUAUUGUUUUAAUGAUAUUCAUAGAAACGUAUAUCAAUUUAAAACAUUUUGCAGUACAUUUUUGUAAUACGUUAUAUGUUGGUAAAAUAAGUGCUUUAAAAUGAUCUAUAUGAAAGUUCGGUACAUAGCUCUUAAGUUACAAUAUCUAUGUAUACAUUAUCUGCGUAUGAACUAUAAGCCAAAUAUUUGCCAUAUGUACAUUAUUUAUAUUUAUUUAUUUUAAGUGUUAAAUUGUAAGUUGUAAUUAUAUUGUUUUUCUUUUACAAAUUAUAAAAUCAUUAAAUCUUUAUUAAUUGAAAGGAAUCUGCUCUGCGAUAUUUGUAAGGCAAUCAAAUAUAAGUGAGAGUAUUGAGCCUUUCUUUGAAAUUUCUUUUUCGUUGCAAAUUGUAAUUUUUUAACGUCAAGUUAAAAUUUCUACACGUAUUCGUGAAUAAAUCAACGACAGUGCCUAGAGCGAUAUUUUUUCCAUUUCAUGAAGUAAUACCAACAUGUAGGGCUGUUACUGUUUAUAAGAAGCAUUAUGGCUUAUACUAUUGUUAUAUUUUUUCAAAGUUAGGAUACGAACCGCAUUUGUAUUAAUACAUGUAAAUUAACAUAUGAAAGUGUAAUUUUUAUACCAUUUUCAUAUUAAAAACUCGUGUACCUAAUAAAUAUAUUUAGGUGUAAAUAAAUUAUUUAAUAUAAUUUUUUUCUAUGCGAUUACACUAACCGCUAUUAUGCCAUAUACAGUAUAGCGUUACUUUUGUAUAGAAAUGCGUAAAAACCGCGUUACAGCGUAUUGUAUGGAUUGACUUGUGUGCAUAACUGAAACGUGAUAUCUACAAUCUAUGCUUUACUUAAAUGUAAAAUA